AUCUUUUUUGUGAAGAGGAGGAUUAAAUUCAGAGAGGUGUUUGAAGAGUGGGAGCUAGAAUAUGGACCCCAGAGGUUCUGCUACAAGGACCUAUUCUUGGCCACCAAGGGCUUCAGAGACCAACAUCUCUUGGGAGCUGGAGGUUUUGGUAGGGUCUACAAAGGUGUGUUGCCAGACACUAACAUCCCAGUUGCAGUUAAGCAGGUUUCGCAUGAAUCAAGACAAGGAAUGAGAGAGUUCAUUGCAGAGAUUGUUAGCAUCGGCCGCUUGCGUCACCGGAACUUGGUACAGCUCCUUGGUUAUUGCAGGAGAAAAAGGGAGCUCUUACUGGUCUAUGAAUUCAUGCCCAAUGCUAGUUUGGACAAGUACCUAUUUAACCAACCUAAGUUGAUGCUCACUUGGGAACAAAGAUUCCAAAUAAUCAAAGGUGUAGCUUCCGCGCUUUAUUAUUUGCAUGAAGGAUGGGAGAAGGUGGUUGUUCACAGAGACAUCAAGGCUAGCAACAUCUUGCUAGAUGAUCAGAUGAAUGGAAGACUGGGUGAUUUUGACCUGGCAAGACUAUAUGAUCACGGAACCGAUCCCCAGACUACACAUGUAGUUGGGACUCUGGGUUACCUCGCACCAGAGCUCACCAAGACUGGCAAGGCAACUACAAGCACAGAUGUGUUUGCCUUUGGUGGAUUUUUGCUUGAGGUGGCUUCUGGAAGAAGGCCAAUAGAGAUAAGAGCAUCAGAAGAAGACGUAGUGUUGGUAGACAAAGUUCUGGAGUGCUGGAAGGCAGGGACUAUUUUGGAGGCAACGGAUCCAAACUUGGGGAAUGAAUAUAUUGUCGAAGAGAUGGAGAUGGUGCUAAAGCUUGGCCUUCUUUGCUCACAACCUAACUCCAGUUCUAGGCCUCCUAUGCCUCUGGUGAUGCGAAUACUGGAACGCGAUGCUCCCCUUCCUGAGAUGUCUGAAGAUGGUUGGAAUGCCGAGAUUUCAGCUAUGGGGAAUGAAGGCUUCAAUGAUAUUCGCAUGUCAAAUAGUUCGUUAUGGGUUUUUAUAGUAAAACAAACUCCAAAGAGGACUGUUGAUCACUAUAAAGUACAAUUGGUAGUAAAAGAUUAUACUCAGACAUACAGAAUAGACUAUGAUAAAACCUUUGCUCCAGUUGCGAAGAUCAACUCUAUGAGGAUCCUUAUUUCUCGUGCUACUAAUCUUAGCUGGAGUCUUUCUCAAUUAGAUGUUAAGAAUGCCUUUUUACAUGGAGAUCUUCAGGAGAAGGUAUACAUGAAAAUUCCUCCAGGUUUCUCUAGUGCUGCAACUGCUGGAAAGGUGUGUCAGCUGCAUCGCUCAUUUUAUGGCUUGAAACAGUCACCUCAGACUUGGUUUGAUCAGUUCCGACAUACAGUACUAGAAAUGGGUUAUCAGCAAAGUAAUGCUGAUUAUACUAUAUUUUUUCAACAUAACAGUGGGAAUGUUGCAGUUUUAAUAGUGUACGUUGAUGACAUAAUUCUAACGAGUGAUGAUCUUCCAGAGAUUGAUCGUCUAAAGAUUCAUUUAGCUCAGUCAUUUGAAGUCAAGAAUCUUGAUCCUUUGAGAUACUUCCUUGGGAUUGAAGUUGCUAGAUCAUCUCAUGGCAUUUUUUUUUCUCAGCGAAAUAUCGUAAGUCAGUAUAUGCACGAUCUUCGUGAGAGACAUCAGAAAGCUGCCUAUCAGAUUGUGCGUUAUCUUAAAAGGUGUCCUGAAUAUAGUCUUCUGUUUUCUCAUCAUGGACACCUUAAGAUCGAGGGGUAUACUGAUGCUGACUGGGCUGAAGCUCUGGAUAAUAGAAAGUCCACCUCAGGUUAUUAUACCUUUUUGGAUGGUAAUCUUGUGACAUGUUUGAAAAGGUCAAUGGUUGCACAUCAUAAUUUGUGGCAAAUAACCACAGAAUUGCUCAGAAAAAAAAAAAGGUCCUCCAUUCUUCCCCAAAUGGAGCUAAAACUAUCCGUAAUUUUGGUGUUAUGUUUGCUUACAGGAAGCACAGCAACCAAAUAUGAUGAAUUCACAUGCAAUGGAUUCAAAAGGAGUGAUUUAUACCUUGAUGGCGUAUCAGAGAUCACACCCAGUGGCCUUCUGAAAUUAACCAACGCAACAAGGUAUCAGCCUGGACAUGCAUUCCACAAAAUUCCACUGCAUUUGAAGAACAACUCGGACGGUAAUGUUUUCUCUUUCUCUACUUGCUUUGUUUUUGCAAUACUCCCCGAACAUCCAGAUGUUAGUGGCCCUGGACUUGCACUUGUGCUCUCUCCAACCAGGGGGCUCCCUGGAGCUCUGCCCAACCAAUACCUUGGUCUCUUCAAUACUACCAACAAUGGCAACCCAUCAAAUCAUGUCCUUGCCGUUGAGCUAGACACAGUCUCCAAUGUGGAGUUUGAAGAUAUUGACAGCAACCAUGUCGGAAUUGAUGUCAAUGGAUUAAGGUCGAUAAACGCCGCACCAGCAGCAUAUUUCCUUGGCGAAACUGGCGAGUUUAAGAACCUCAGUCUUAUAAGCGGUGAACCUAUGCAAGUAUGGAUAGAUUAUAGCAAUCCGGAGAAGAAGCUAAAUGUAUCAAUAUCCCCCAUCAAUGUGCCCAAACCAAGCCAUCCGUUGCUGUCUUCUUUCAUUAAUCUCUCCUCGAUAAUAUUGGAUACCAUGUAUAUUGGCUUCUCUUCUUCGGGCACCAAUCUAGCAUCCCAUUAUGUUCUGGGGUGGAGCUUUAAGAUAAAUGGGCAGGCGGCUGCCCUCAACCUGUCCAGCCUUCCUUCACUUCCUUUUAAAAAGCAUAGAAGAAAACUGACAUCUUUGAUAAUAUGGCCGGCCUUGGGAGUGGUGGUGUUCAUAACUAUGACUGCCUGCAGUAUUGCUUACAUAAUAAGAAGAAAGGCAAGAUAUGCUGAAGUUCUUGAAGAGUGGGAGCUGGAACAUAGAACUCAUAGAUUCUCAUAUAAAGAACUAUUCAAGGCUACUAAAGGCUUUCGAGAGGAAAAUCUUUUGGGAGUCGGCGGUUUUGGAAGAGUAUACAAAGGCAAGCUACCUUCCUCGAAAACAGAAAUUGCAGUGAAGAGGAUGUCUCAUGAUUCUAAGCAAGGAAUGAGAGAGUUUGUUGGGGAGAUUGUAAGUAACAGCCAACUCCGUCAUCGCAAUUUGGUCCAACUUCUUGGCUACAGCCGUCGGAAAGGGGAACUCCUUUUGGUCUAUGAGUUCAUGCCCAACGGAAGCCUUGACAAGUUCCUUUAUGAUGCAGACAGGCCAACAACACUUAGCUGGAGUCAGAGACUAAAAAUUAUCAGAGGUGUGGCUUCAGGUUUGCUCUACUUGCAUGAAGAGUGGGAGCAGAUUGUUAUACACAGAGAUAUAAAAGCGAGCAAUGUCUUACUGGACAGUGAAAUGAAUGGAAAGUUGGGAGACUUUGGACUAUCAAGAUUGUUUGAUCAUGGUAGCGAUCCCCAAAUCACUCAUGUGGUGGGAACUUUUGGUUACAUUGCUCCAGAGCUCACUAAAACAGGCAGGGCAACUACGAGCACUGAUGUCUUCGCCUUUGGGGUUUUCAUACUUGAGGUUGUCUGUGGAAGGAGGCCAAUAAUGCUACAAGAAUCACCAGAUCUUCAUUUGGGGGACUGGGUGUGGAGGAGUUGGAGGAAUGGAGUAAUUCUAGAGGUUACUGAUGCAAGACUUGGUGGUGAUUAUAAUCUGGGGGAAGUGGAACUGAUCUUAAAGAUUGGAUUGCUUUGUUCACAUCCUGUAGUUGCAGCUAGACCAACCAUGCGCCAAGUGAUGCGGUUCUUGGAUGGUGAUCUUUCACUGCCUGAAAUACCCAAAGAUGGGAGGGGCAUCUCUGAUUCACCACCAGAGCAUGCUGAAGAAUUAGACGGAUCAUAAUAUCAUGAGUGUCAAUUGUAACUUGUAUACUGUUCCAUCCGCUGGCCUAGGGCCAAUCCUCACUGAAGGUUG